UUUUUUUUUCUUUCCAGGAAGCGUCAUUGAUAUCCCGUUUGAGUAAUGAGGUUUCUUGUAAUGUUGAGCUAAUUAGCUUAGCCUGCACAAAUGUCUCGACAUUAUUUAGAACAAAUCGCACAUGUUUUUGGACGCUACCGGGAUUAUGUGAGCCGGAACCCGGGUGUUACUGCGCAGCUGGAGGGCGCAGUGAGGACUUUAUCGUAUCUUAUAGCAGGCCGCUUUUCAGAUUCCCACGAACUUUCAGAGUUGGUGUAUUCAGCAUCAAAUCUGCUGGUGUUGCUGAAUGAUGACAUUCUCAGGAAGGCGCUGUCCAAGACUCUGCCUGUGUCUAUCUCCCAGCAGAGGUUGCUAACUUGGCUUUCUGUCCUGGAGUAUGUGGAAGUCUUCACUGAGAUGGCAGCUGCUAAGCUGUGGAGAGAACCCGGACGCUGGCUGGUCAUCGUUCUCAUCCAGAUAGCAAAAGCCAUCCUGCGCAUCCUGCUGCUCUUCUGGUACAAAUCAGGCAUCCAAACAUCACCUCCCAUAAUCCCUCUGGACAGAGACGCACAGCUGUAUAACAGAGAUCAGGGCAGCGCCGAGGAAGAGGUCACGUUCGUCGGACAGCGCUCAGGGAGAGUAGUGAGACCUUUGAGAAGUGUAUCAUCACUGCAGAGUCGGCUGUGGUGCGAUCCUCACCGAGAGAGGAAGAGGAGGGAGCAGGAGGAGGACCUACAGGCAAGCCCAUCCCCUCUGGGCCUGCAGGAGACUAUUGCAGAAUCACUGUAUAUCGCGCGACCUAUAGUGCACUUGACCGCUCUAGGAAUUUGCGGCAGGCGCUCCUGGAAACCGUGGCUCAUCUCCGGCAUCCUGGAGAUAACAAGUUUCAGUUUGCUGUCUGACACAACGAAGACUCUGAACCGCAGAGAGAGGGCCGAGAUGAGGAGACGAGCCUUCCUCCUGCUUUACUACCUGCUCCGCUCACCUUUCUAUGACCGAUACUCUGAAGCGAAGAUCCUUUUCCUUCUACGGUUCCUGGCCGAUUACAUUCCCGGAGUUGGCUUAGUUGCACGUCCAUUGAUGGAAUACUUACCUACUUGGCAGAAGAUCUACUUUUACAACUGGGGCUGACGCUGAACCUACUGAAAAGGUCAUGCAGACCUGUCCAGAGAAAGGAAAGGGCUUACAACCGAUACAAGACCACCUGGGGAUGGAAAAACACACACACACACACACACACACACACACACACACACACUUAUGAGAACAUCCUGUGACAAUCUGAGUUGUAGAUGAAGUAGAUGUUCUGUGACUCAGUGCGUUAUUUCAGUUUGUUUGUCUAGCAUGAUUGAGUCUCAUAAAAUGAAAAGUUAAUCCAGUUCAGAAAAACAUUGGUGUUUUUAUCCUGUUUCCUUUUUUUCUUUCUUUCUUUCUUUCUUUUUCUUUCUUUCUUUCCUUCUUUCUUUCUUUCUUUCUUUCUUUAUAGUUCAGAAAAUCAUUGGUGUUUUUAUCCUGUUUCCUUUUUUGUUUGUUAUUCUUUCUUUCUCUCUUUCUCUCUUUCUUUCAUUCUUUCUUUCUUUCUUUCUUUCUUUCUUAUUACUUUGUAUAGUACAGUUAAUUAAAUCACUCAGUGCCACAUUUUACACCAAUUCUUUGUUCUGUAAUGUUUUGUUAGGAGAACACAUAUCUUUUAUGGUGUUUUGGGGUUUUUAUUUUUAUUUUAAUAUUAUUAUUUUUUUUAAAGUAACUGUUUCACACAGCAGGACCGUGAUUUACCCAGACUUCUGAGCUCAUUUCAUUAUUGCUGUUGAGAGAUUUUUCUAUCUGACCAGUGGGUUGAACUGCUAAAAGCUAUAUGGCCUUCUUCAGAGGACGUCCUGUCUUUCUGGACCCCCUUUUACUUCAAACCAGCAUUAUAAGCAUCAAUGAACUGAUGAAUGUCCUCUAUUUUUCACUGUGAACUAACUAAAAGCUCAUUUUGAGUAAAACUGGCUUGUGUAAUGGCUGAAAAUGUUCUGUGAUUAUGAAUAUUCAUGAUUUUAAUAAAGGCAUCUGAAAAAAAAAAAA